ACACAUUUGUCGAUUUACAUGCGCUCAACCCUAAAACUCGACUCCAACCUUCCAUUUUCUUUGGAAAACAACUGCAGAACAAUUAAUCGUUUAUUUGAGCAUAUUUUGGUGUCUGUGUUGCAUGGAAAGCUUCAAGAUUGUCUACAGAUGCACAGACAAUGACAAAAAUGAAAAGCCUUAAAAAACGCAACACAACUACCAGUCAACGCUAGCUAUAGUCUCCGUCCUCUGCGAAUUCUGCAAUCGCUUGUAUCAUGGAAAACAAAGAGAAAAGUUCACCACAACCUAGUCACAACUUGUUUGAUAAUGCUGCUGCCAGCAGCUUAUUGGGUGUCUCACCAUUCGGCAUGCCCUAUGCCCACCUGCCCAGCACGUUCUCCCUCCUGGGCCACUAUCCCUCCUUCCCUGUCUCCUCUCUGUUUGGGGAACUGGGGGAGAGGGGCCUAGCCAGCCUCCCACCCGGUAAGGGAUUUAUUAUUAAACAGCUUUUUAAUUUUUUUUUAAAUCUUUAAUAAAUCUGUAAUCCUUCAUUGGAUAUUUCAAAUUUCUUUGCAGGCUCACUUCUAGGUACUGGCUUCACAAGCCCACUUCUCAAUCUGGAGAUGCCCCCUAAUGGGGCCCCACUCUCAAUAAAAAUCCCAGAUUUGGCAAAAGUCGAACUGUCAGACAAAGACAAAUUAUCAGGAAAGCUCAGUUCUUCCAGUAAAUCACAUUCCUCAUCCCCCUCCAAAGACACACCAAAGUCUUCACCAAAAACCAUCACCAAGGCCACCACUACCAUAGCAACAACCACUAGCACCAGCUUCAGCAACAGCACCAGCAACAGCAGAAAAACCAGCACCACGGUAACCAGCGGUGGGGAGAGUCUAAUAUCAGGAAAAAGCCUGCUGGCUGGACGCUCUCUGCUGGCAGGGAACAGGCUGCUGGCGGAGAAACUGAAGAAAUCAAAGCUGUCGUCUGCUACCUCACCAUCCCACACCGAGACCAAUGGCACAACAUCAUCUGAAUCUCCUCGUCUGAUGAGUCCAAAAAGAAAGCAUCCAAAGGAGGAAGAGGUGAUUGAAAAUGGAGAUCAUCAUCCUAGUGAAGAAGACCAUUCAGAGGAAGAAUCUGUCGCCAAUAAAUCUGUCGUCAAUGGCAACCAAGACGAAGAGGAGGAAUCAAUGGACCAUGAAUCUGAGAGUCCCAGAAGAAACAGCCAGCCUCCCUCCAUUCACAUAGAUGGGCUGAAGAAGAAGUUGAUAGCAGAUCAGAUACGACAGAGAGUACAGAACAAACCCAUCAGGAGUGUGCGGCCAUCCAUCAUGCAGCCAAUGAAGCGUGGCCGAGGAAGGCCACCCAAACAGACACAGGCAGAGGCUGAGGAAGAUCCAAAAGAUGCUGAACAUUUAAAGGCACAACUGAAUGCAACUCUGCUGAAACAAGAACUUCAACUGAAGAAACUGAGAGAGAAACAUGAGAAAGAACAAGAAGCCUUAUUGCAGAAGAACAAGAAUGACCUUAAAGUACAACUGGAAGCAAACCUGAGAAUUCAGCAGAUGGAACACAAACUGAUGAAGAAACAAAAACAACAGGAGAUAGAUCUGGCUCUACUGUAUCAAAAGAAACAGCAAGAACUUUUGAAGCAAGGAGCAAAAGACAAACUGAAAUACCAGCAAGAGAAGAGUGAACAAAAGAAAAAGGAACUAGAAGACCAGAAAAAGAAAGAGAUUGAGACAACAAUGAAAGUUCAGGAGCUCCUAAAAAUGUCAGAGAAUGAACGCAAAGCUCGAGCAGGCGGUGAAAAACCCAGCAAGGGUCGUCCAUCAGCCUCUCUGAAAAUCAACCAGCUGCUACAAGAGAAGAGAAAUGAGGGGGCUUUGAAAUCAGAAGCUGUGCCCAGUAACCAGAUGUCCGUCGACGAGAAACUGGAGGCCAAAGUCCGAGCCAUGUUGGAAGAAGAGAAUUCUAACGACUCGGGCUCGGGAGAAUUAUCAGGCUCAGAGAGUGAGAAUGAGAACCAGACGGGCCUGGACUCAAUGAGUGAGAUUUCAGACUCAACAAUGGACCACAGUCACAGUUUUGAGGCAGGGAGCUCGGCUUCUAAAAGGAGUGCUGAUGAGAUGUCAGAGGGUGGAGGCUCACCAACCAAGAAACCUCGAGUACAGAUGGAUGAGGCAGCCUUACAGAUCCCUCUUAACAAUGGCUUCAGACGCACCACCACUAUCCACGCCAUCGGCAAGAGGGGCUUCAUCGGGGAGGUCCUUUACUAUGGGCCAUGUGGAAAGAAAAUGAAAACUAUUCCUGAUGUUAUGAGGUAUCUUGAAAGAAACAAUAUUAAGGAGUUUGGAAGAGAAAAUUUCUCCUUCAACACAAGAGUGAAAGUUGGACAAUUCUUUGAAGGACAAGCAGGAACUGCGGAGAUAGUAAAGUUGAGUGAUGAGCAGGUGGACCAGAGAAUGGCCCUGAUUGAGAGUAAGAGACAGAAGUUAAUGAAGAUAAAACAGAUGAAGGGGAGCCGGCGGCAGGAGAAACAGAACAAACAGAUCCAGCUGGCUAAACAGAUGAUGGAGCAGAAACUCAAAAAACGCAUGGAACAACAAGAGAUGGCUAAACGUGCUGCAGAAUUCAAGCUCCAGAAGAAAGCAGAGAAGCAAAAACAGAAGGACACGAUCCAUAAAAUCAAGGAACUACGAGGUAGUGACCCUCCCGACCCUCCCUCCACCUCCACUUCUGACUGGCAAUCACCGAUGUAUUGCCUACCUGACAACAUCCUGUCAUGUGACCCCAGUGCCUCAGCUGUUGAGAAGAAGAAGCAGAAGGAACAGUUACGAGCCUUUAGAGAGCAGGAGAAGCAGCAGAGACAGGAACAGAUGAGGCUCGAGCGUGAGAUACGAGCUCAGCAGAUCUUGGAAUCAAACCUUUUAUGGUAUCAUCUUGAGAGAGAAAGGGAAAUGAAACGACACCAAGCCAUCAUAGUCAAGGAACAGGAGAGAGAGCGUAAGCGACACCAUUUCAUGUUGGUGAAAGCAAUAGAACAACAAAAGAAACAGGCAAAAGAUAAACUGAAAGAGGACAAGAUGAUGGAGAAGAGGUUACAUAGAGAGAAGAAGAUGGAGCAGAGACGCCUGGAGCUACAGCUGGCUAGAGAACUGAAGAAACCUGUAGAAGACAUGGAGUUAAAAGACCAUAGGGCAUUGCCUGACUUUGGGAGAAUACCUGGAUGUAAAUUGGAUGCUGUGGCCUUUGGGGAUAUUUUGAUGGUUUUGGAGUUUGUUCAUAAUUUCAAGGAUGCUCUAGGUUUUGAUGAAGAUACCCUGCCCACACUUAAAUCCCUCCAGGACCAGGUGAUGUUUGCCACAGAGGAGGACGGGGAGAACUACAUGGCCUUGACCUGUCACCUCCUGAAGUACGCUGUGCGGGAACCAGGGGUACCCAACCCCAGAGAGGCUACCACCUGCCUUGGUCAGAAAAUAGCAGAUGUACCUAUCACUGAAUCUGUAGUGUCUGAGAUUCUUAAGAUCUUUAUCAUUGCAAGGAAUGGGAAACCAAACGAAAUGAGUGAUUGGUUGAGUUCUAAACCACUAGAAUCACUGACAACAUCUCAGAAAGCCUCAGUUUUAGCAUUCCUUGUCAAUGAGUUGCUGUGUGGAAGGCACAUUGUCUUGGAGAUAGAGAAGCAGCUGGAACACAUGGGUGAGAUACGUAGAGACAAAUGGGUAGUGGAAGGAAAACUCAGAAGACUGAAGGCUGUUCAGAAUAAGAAGUUUAAGAGUGUACCUAAGCCCCCACCACUGGACAGUGAGAGUACGUCACAGAUGACCAGUAAGAAAGGGAGUGAUGAGGAGGAUGAAAAGGAGGAGGAGAGUGGGAACGAGAGUGGAGGGGAGGAUCAAACAGGGGCCAAUGAGGCAGAUGGAGAGGAUGAAGAGCCCACAUCAUAUGAGGAAUGUGAGAAAGAAAUUGAUAAGCUUCAAAAGCAACAUGCUCAGUGUCGCGCAAAAGUGUUCAAGGCUUCACAUAAGGUUCGUGCAAUAUCUCUGGGUCAGGAUCGAUACAAACGCCGCUACUGGGUGCUGCCUACCGCAGGAGGAGUGUAUAUAGAGGGGCAGGAGUCAGGGUACUUUGAUGAAGAAAUCCCAAGUAGCUGCAUGAAUGAAGAAGUGAAAACGGAAGUGAAAGUAGAAGUGAAACAAGAAGUGAAAGAGGAAGUGAAGGAAGAAAUGAAAGAGAAAGUAAAAGUAGAACCGGUUGAAGUGAAAGCAGAAGUCAAAGAGGAAGUGAAGGAAAGAAAGGAUAUAUUGAAGAUUCCUGUGUACAAGAAAGAAAUUAGAAAUGAACAUAAUGAAUGUGAAGUGCAGAAUGUGAUAAAAUCAGAAGGAUCCAUCCCAGAAAAGUGUGAUUCCAAUCAAAAUUCCAGUAAAUCUGACCAAAGUCUAACUAAGCCAUCAGAAAACAUAUCAAACUCUGUCAAAACAGAAAACUCAGUGCCCAAGUGUAAUGGAGAAGAGUUCUCAAUCCCAUCUACCUCCAGGUGCAAUAGUGCAAAGAGUGAAAGCUCGGACACAAAUUCCCAUCUACAAAAUGGUUCCAGUAGCCAGCCUGGUCAUUCUAAGUCAGACAGUGACAUUAAACCCAUCAUCAGUAGUGCUCAUGCCUCCCCAUUGAUAUCCCCCUACCCAGCUGCUCCCUCCCCAUUCUUUUCACCACCCAUCUCAGGGGCCAGUCCCUCACUGCUAGGGGGCAUGUCAUUGUCAUCUGCAUCUUCAUCCACAUUAUCAUCCACACCACUGCCAGCUCAUCAACAACCAAAGUCCUCUACACCAUCCUCAGUCGACGCCAAGCAUAGCUUCCUCAGCAUAGAUUCCUUACUGAAAAAGGACAGUACGUCAAGUAAUCCGUCACCCUCCAGCAAAAGCAGUCUCUUCCCGUCCCCCAUGUUUCCACUGGUUCCAAUGACCCCAGACCAGAUGAUCAAGUCGUUCAGUGAGAAUUCUAGCCAGAAGCCCUGGUUCAGCAUUCUGCCCAGACUUCCUUGUGAUGACUUGUCCAUGACACAUGGGUCUUCCCAGAUGUCGAUCCUACCUAGUCCGUUCCAGAACUCAUUUUUAUCGCCAAUGUCAUUUGGUUCUUUCCCUGUGCAGAGCCCCUCAUUCUCAUCUUUCAAUGUGUCGCAGUUGUUUGGGACUUCUGAUGUCAGUGGAAUGUCUCUCAACUCUACAGCACAGUCCAGUGUUAAUGACUCGUUUAAGAUUCCAAACACUCCAAGGUCAGAAACGGUGACCCCAGCCACCAGUAUUCUGGAACAGAAUGAGUCCCUCCUCUCAGAGUUACAGGGAGAGGCACAACCCAUUCCUGAAGAGGUCCAGAAAGGGUGGUGGAAGAUUUCUGAGGAGAAGCAAGUGCAGACAGUCCACAGGAAUCUUCAUCCGCGAGGAAUCCGAGAGAAAUCCCUCCAGAAGUCACUCCAGAAAUGUCUGGAACAUGCCUGCUCCUCCUGCAAACAGGACAACAAAGAGGUGUACAGUAUGGUGUCUGACACAAGUGAUGAUGAGGAGAAAGAGGACAAGACAGAGGAGAAACAAAAGGAGGAGAAAGAGGACAAAAAGGAUGAGGACACAAAGUCCUCAGAGGACACCAUAUCAGAAAAGAAAGGUAUGAAGAUAGAGAAGAUGGAGGUAGAGACAUCCAUUGAUCCAGAGGAAGAGAAGAUUCGGUUGGCUGACCUUAGUCACCAGGUGGAGCUUCAGGCAUUGGAGGAAGUAGAGAAUCUAGAGGAGAGGAUUGCCUCAGCCAGCCUUCAGGUCAAGGGUUGGAAAGUACCCCAGAGAAUCUCAGAUGAGGGUAACAUUACACUUGUCGACAGGUUUAACCAUGAGAAGCUGGGACCCAAUGAGAAAUACCCACUGGAUGCUGCCAGGGAUAAACUGGCUCAGCUAGAACCCAAUAUAGAAAGACGCUACCUCAAACCCCCACUCUGUAAACAAGUACAGAUAAACCUGGCUAACCUGACAGCUAACACGAGUCAGAAUGAUGAGGAUGAGGACGACGAGGGUAAGCCCUCUGACCCCGUACAGGUGUCCCAGGGGCUCAUGUUGUGGAGGAACGCUGUCACCAAGGCCGCCAGCCCCGCCCAACUGUCUCUGUGUGUCUCCCUCCUCAACAAGUCCAUCUCCUGGGAAAAGUCCAUCAUGAAAGUGUUGUGCCAGCUAUGUCGUCGAGAUGAUAACGAGGCUCAGCUCUUACUCUGUGACGGUUGUGACCGCGGGUACCACACCUACUGCUUCAAGCCAAAGAUGGAAAAUAUUCCAGAGGGAGACUGGUACUGUUAUGAAUGCAUAUCAAAGGCCACUGGUGAGCCCUGCUGUGUGGUAUGUGGUAAAAGAAUGGGCAGGAUUGUGGAGUGUGACAUGUGUCCCCGUGCCAUUCACCUGGACUGCCUAGAUCCUCCCCUACCUCGCAUGCCCAGGAAGUGGGUGUGUCCAGCUUGUGCUGUCAAUCAGGGUCCAAAGGGAAAAGGAAGGAAGAGUCCCAAAAAGAAAACUAAAGAUAACAACACGUCAGGGAGAGAGAGAAAGGACUCUGAUGCUGGCAAUAGAUCGGCCACAGAGAGUACCCCCUCAGAGAAGCCAGAGAAAAAGCGAGGGAAGGAUCUGGAGAAGAAGAGACAGGCAGCAGAACACUCGGAGGACAUGACUGUGUGCAGGCUGAUUUUGACGGAGAUGGAUAAACAUGAUGAAGGAUGGCCUUUCUUAAAACCUGUCAACUUCAAACAAUUCCCAGCAUACAAGAAGUACAUCCGACAACCAAUGGACUUUGCCACCAUGAAGAACAAACUCAGGGAUAACCAGUACAAGACUCGUGGUGACUUUGCAGCAGACGUCCGACUGAUAUUCAAUAACUGUCAGACCUUCAAUGAGGACGAUUCUGAGGUGGGCCGGGCUGGACACAACAUGAGAAAGUUUUUUGAGGCUCGAUGGAAACAGCUGAUGUUGUCCGCCUCUUCUUCACCGUCGUCAACCAAUAAUGAGGAGAAAAUGGAGGAGGGCGGGGACUAAUUAGACGUCGUCAACAACCAUUCGUUUUAUUUAUUCCUUUUUUUAAAGAAAAAACACUUCUUUUCUUAUGCAAAUUCUAUUUAUGAUUUCAUUGCAGCUAUCAACACAAAUCUUAUUAUAUACUGAUGUUGGCAGAUUUUUUGAAUAUAUUUAUGAUGUUGUGAAUGUUGUGAAGAAAGAAAUAAGUGUCUUAGAACUUUUAAUAACCUCAGAAUUUACAAUUGUAGUGUGAACCUGAUCUUGUUUUUGAAUUCUAUUUAACUAAUGACUGGAAACAAUUUUUAAUUGUGGACUUUGUAAUUCUUUUGUAAAUAGAAUUAAAGGUAAUUCUGGAAAUUGGCAUUUGCGUCAGUUAGUUAUGUAUUUUCUGUGUCUUACAAAUUCUCUGGGUUUUUCUCUUUCUCUCUGGGAAGAAGAUAAUGUGAUACCUCAAGACAAACCUGUGUUCUUUUUAAAUGCUAGAACUUCAUAUUCCCUGGACAUUCAGUUUUAUGAGCUCUCCAUUAAUUAGAAAACUAAUUUUAAGUUUUUCAAAAAUAACAAUCUGAGGAAAAGAAGAGAACUUACACUGGAAAAUAAGAGGUAAAGAAAAAAAUUAAACUUGGUUGAAAUAAGAAUUAUUUGGGUUGUGAUUAAACAUGUCUCUUAAUUAUCUAUUCAGAUUACCAGUAAUAAGUUUUUCUGGUUCAUUUUGAUUUAUUUUAAGAUCAAUAUUUGGACAUUGUAGUCAGAUAAGAUAUUAUUUCAUUGAAAUUGUUCUGGUUAGUUUUCAUUAUUUAUCAGUUUUGAGAUAGCAAUAAUUUACUUGAAUGUAGUGUUUGAUUUUUUAUUUAUUGAAAAAGUUUUUUUGAAAAGAGGAAAUCUGUAUAUUCUUCAUCUUUACCGGUACAUUUGAUAGGACCACCUGCUGCAAAAAUCAACUACAACAAUUCAACAUUAGCAUAAUUUUGUCUCUAGUCCCUAAAACCAUUUUUCCAUUGGGUCCAUAAGCAUCAUUCAAACAAAACAGAACACAUUCCAGUGAAAACCAUUGGCUUCACAAUCCCUGAUAACAUAUCACAGUGCUUCAGAACAGUUGGCAAUUACACAUUUUAGUCAUAUCAAUUCAUCUAUUAUGUGUUGUGUCACUUACUUUUGUUAAUUAAUGCACCAUUUUCAUUAAAGGAAUUGUAUGUUUUCAAAAUAAGAAAAAUUGGCAUGUUUCAGAUAUUGUUUUUAACUCUCCAAGUUUUAAAUUAUAUGUCUUUUUUUAUAUGUUGUUUAUUUAAUAUCAUCGUGAGGUUAAUUAACCAAUGCAUUUUGUAAGCAUUUGACUUUUUCCUCUUGCACAAAGUGAUUACAAAUAUUUCAUAAGAGAGCACACAUUGCUUUUGUAGAUUGUAACUGUGUUGUAUAAAUCUCUUUAAAUAAUUAUAACCAGUUAUGUGUUGAUGUAAAGAUUUGUUAAAUUAAUAUCUUUCAAAUCAAUAAAAUUGUAAUACUUAG